GACUCAUCCUUCCUCCCAAGUUAUAUGAUUUUAGCCGUCAUGUAAACUUAACAGCUUCUAACGAACUUCAGAAGAUUCCAAGAUUGAUUCGCUCUCCGAUGGCCACGUCAGGUCAUCUCCUUCUCCUCUUCCUCAUCACCACCAUCUCGUUCCUCACUUCCGCCGCUUAUCCUCCGUCGCAGACGCCGCAAGAUCACCUACACGCCGACAGAAUCAUCGAGGCGAUGAUCGGAGCAGGCGACUUCCGCGACUGGGCCUCCGAUUUCCUCUUCGCCGCCGAAGACCAAGUCGGCAUCCCUCUCUCCGCCACCAUUUUCAUCCCCACCGACUUCGACACCGCCAAUCUCUCCUCAUCCUCCACCAACGGUCGUCGUCUCUCAGUCGCUUAUCACAUCGUUCCUCAGCGUCUCUCCUUCACCGAUCUCCGUUUCUUGCAGCCUCUCUCUCCCCUCCCGACUCUCCUCCCCGGAAACUCGAUCGUGGUCACGAACAACUCCGUUUCGGGUUUCGCCGUCGACGGCGUUCUCGUCACCGAACCGGAUCUUUUCCUCUCUUCUCAGAUUGCUAUCCACGGUGUCGCUUCGUCUCUUGAUUGCUCCCUUUACGGCAGUUUUGAAUACCGUUUGGUCGACGAGAUUUUCCGCCGUCAUCGCUGUCGUCAUCCUGAAAUCUACAGCAAUCGAACAACUGCUUCUUCUGUGUCCAUCGCACGCUUCUCAGCUACCUGCUCGUUCUUGCUUCCAUUGGCUCUACUGUUCUUCUGAAUCUACUACGUGCAUUCAAUGCUUCAAGGCAGGAAAGUACAUCUUUUUUUGAAUUCUUUUUUUCAAGAUUCUGUGAAACUCUGUACAUGGAACUUGGGAGCUUUCUUGUUGAGUUGUAAUCUUUGCUAUUAUCGCAUUCACAUUUGAUAGUAGUCUUGUUUACAUUCUUC